AUGGUCUCAAACAGGCACUGCAAGUUUUCCAAAUUCAGUCAGACUAUCUCUGGACUUGGCUAUUCUGCUAGUCUAUAUGACUCUGCUUUAUUUAUUCAAUGCACCAGUCGAGGUAUCAUUCUUCUUUUACUUUAUAUUGAUGAUAUGAUCAUUACUGAAGAUGAUUUGAUGGGAAUUCAGGACCUUAAACAAUUUCUUAAUCUUCGGUUCGAGAUGAAAGAUCUUGGACCCCUCAGUUAUUUUCUUGGUUUUGAGAUAACUACAUCUAUAGAUGGUUACUAUCUUACUCAGGCGAAAUAUGUAUCUAAUGUUCUCUCAAAAUCAGGUCUCACUGAUAGCAAGAUUGUUGAUACCCCCCUUGAGUGCAAUACAAGACUUAAUCUACAUGAUGGAAAAUCUCUUCGAGAUGGUACUUCGUAUCACCAAUUGAUGAGUGGUCUACUUUAUCUUAAUGUCACUCAUCCUAACAUCUCUCAUGUCGUCCACAUAGCUAGUCAGUUCAUGAUUGCCCCUCGGUCCACUCAUUUUGUUGUUAUUCAUCGGAUUUUUCGUUAUCUCAAAGGCACUAUGUUUUAUGGAUUGCAUUUUUCUUCCCAAUCAUUGCUUAUUCUUCGUGCCUAUUCAAAUGCAGACCAGGCAGGAGACCCUACAGAUCGUUAUUCCACCAUAGGCUAUUGUUUCUUUCUUGGUGAUUCACUUAUCUCUUAG